AUGCCAUGCAAACCUACCGAUUCACUAUAUAAAGCAACCUCCUACUCCUUAUCGAUCAUCACAACAAGUAGAAAAAAGAUAAAAGAAACCACAAAUACAAUGGCAAAACUUGCGAUCCUUGCACUCGCCUUCACGGCGAUCGUAGCAUUCGCUGAGGUCUCCGCCUACACAACAACCACCAUUACCACGAUAAUGGAGGACGUGCCAAGUCGCUCACAGUCGCAGUCACAAGGGCAAUGUCGCCGCCGAAUUCAGGGCCAGCAGGUGAGCCACUGCCAGAUGCACAUCACCGAGGGAUCCUCUUCCGAGGGUGAUCUGAUCAGCAUGCCAGUGGUAAGGCCGAAGCAACAGGAACCACACCUUCAACUAUGCUGCCAGCAGCUCCGGAACGUGGAGGAGGAGUGCCAGUGUGAGGCGAUCAACGAGGCUUUUGAAGAAGCACAAAAGAAGCAGCAGCAGCAGCAGCAACAAGGUGGACGACGUGGAGGGCAAGGACAGCAAGGUAGAGGACAGUUGGUGCAACAAAUGUUGAGGAGGGCUGAGCAGAUACCCGAUCAAUGCAACUUGCAAAUCCAGCAGUGCCGAAUCCAGCAGGGCCGAUGGUUCUAA